AUGUAUCUACAGAUUCUCGUAACGCCUCAACAUAGAGACUAUCAACGAAUCUUGUGGCGUUUUUCACCUAAUGACCCUAUAUCGGUAUAUCGUUUAAACACGGUGUCAUUCGGAAUAUCAUCGUCACCUUACCUUGCAAUAAGAACUUUAAACGAAUUGGCAGAGAGAGAAACGGAAACUUAUCCCUUGGCAUCCAAAAUAAUUAAGAAUCACAUUUAUAUUGACGAUAUUCUCGCAGGCAGCACUUCGCUUGCUGACGCCCUUGAAGUUCAAAAACAAUUAAUUGCUCUUCUCAAAUGUGGUGGAUUUGAAUUGCGAAAAUGGGCUAGCAAUAACCAAACUUUACUUUCUGAAAUUCCUGAGGAUUAUAGACAGCCGUCAGUUUCGUUUGACAAAGAAGAACCUAGUUUUAUUAAAGUGUUGGGUCUUCAUUGGAAUCCUGAUAAAGAUUCCUUUUCGUAUAAAUGCCAACUAAAUGAUAAACCCUGCACGAAACGGAACAUACUAUCCGACAUUGCCAGAAUAUUUGACCCGCUGGGGUUUUUAAGUCCUAUUACGCUUCUAGCAAAAAAUUUAAUGCAACGUCUUUGGGAGUCUAAAACCAACUGGGAUGAAGUGCCAGCCAAUAGCAUUGUCAAAGUUUGGAGGCAACUAAAACAAGAAAUGCAAUUGGUGUCAAAUCUUAAUAUUCCUCGAUGUAUUGUUCCCAGAAACGCUAGCAGAUACGAUCUUCAUGGAUUUUGUGACGCCUCUACUGUCGGGUACGCCGCUGUCGUUUUCUUAAGAACAGAAUCCACGCAUAACACAAUUGAUACUUAUCUGAUUGGUGCCAAAUCUAAAGUCGCUCCCUUAAAAACUCUCUCGAUUCCACGCUUAGAAUUAUGUGGAGCCGUACUGUUGGCGAAUCUAAUUACAUUCAUUACAUCUACAUACUCUCAGUACAUAACCUUUGAUACGAUUACAGCUUGGUCAGAUUCGCAAGUGGUGUUAGCUUGGCUCUCAUCGUCCCCACAUAAAUGGAAAACGUUUGUGGCCAAUAGAGUUAACCACAUUCAAGAUAUUUUACCAUCUUCUAUUUGGAAGUAUAUUCCUUCUGAGAGCAAUCCCGCCGAUUGCGCUUCACGGGGUAUAAUGCCACAAAGAUUAAUAAAUCAUCACAUGUGGUGGAAUGGUCCCCCUUUUCUGAGUAUUCCGCGUGACGAGUGGCACUUCGAUAUUGAUAAAUGCUCUCAUGCUGAAACGGAACUGGAGGUUCAACAGGAAGAAAAAUAUUUAGUUCACUCCAGUGCGGUAAUUACCAACAUGGUAGAUCGCUUGUUAGAGCGUUUCUCAUCUCUUACUUACAUCCAACGAAUCUUGGGAUACACUUAUCGCUUUAUACAUAAUUGUCGUCAUCCUACGGACAAACAUUCAGGAUCUCUUACUUCUAAAGAAUUGCGCGCGUCUUUAAUGUACUUGGUAAAACAUGUCCAAACCCACAAUUUCGGCAACUUACUUGAGAAAAUUCAGAAAAAUCAACUAUUGCCAAAACCAUUCCGUAGGCUUGCGCUUUUUAUGGACCGAGAUGGUUUCCUGAGGGUGGGCGGCCGAAUUCGAAAUUCUAAUUUGCCAUUUUCGGCAAAACAUCCUUUAUUAUUACCCCGGUCCCAUCGCCUAACCGCUUUAAUUAUUGAAGCGAAUCACCGCAAAUAUUUACACCCUGGAUCAAAAACAUUGCAUUAUUUAUUAUUACAACAGUAUUGGAUUUUAUCCGCACGUAGGGCAAUCCAGGAAACUCUGGCAAAAUGUGUGCAAUGUUUCAAAGUUAAACCUAAGUCUUACACCCCUUUUAUGGGUGACUUACCGUUUCAUAGAAUUUCCUCCCUUAAAGCAUUCUCUUAUGUCUCCCUUGAUUAUUGCGGUCCCUUUUUUAUUACAAUGUGUCGGAGACGCGGUUUGAAGGCAAACAAAGCUUACGUUUGUGUUUUUGUGUGUAAUGCCACCAAGGCGGUGCAUUUAGAAGUCGUUUCGGACUUAUCGGCGGAAGCCUUUAUAGCGGCUUUUAGAAGAUUCGUAGCGCGUCGCGGUUGCGUCUCUCAUGUUUAUAGCGAUAAUGCUACCAACUUUGUUGGAGCGCAUAAUAUAUUUAUCGAAAAUGCACGUUUAGCCGCUCAAGAAUUAGAAAUUCAGUGA